ACAGUUCCCUACACCUUCUCCUCCUAAUAUUGCUGCCUCCCCCCACGCCGCUUCGCGUCCCGCACCGUCUCUCCAGUGCCCCCCAUUCGCCUCCCUCCGCUUCCGCCCUUCCGCCACCACCGACCUGGCCCCCAGCGGCGGUCGGCAAACCCUAGAACCUCGUACACCCAUCUUGCGUUCCCCGGGCGCGGGAUAGGGUUAGGCCUCCGUGUGCCCAGCCCGCGGCGAUGCCGCUGUUCAUCUCCGACGAGGAGCUCCGGCUCCUCGGCGGCGACACGGCCGCCGUCGCCGAGCGGGCCGACGCCGCCAUCCGCGAGCUCCGGCGCCAGGUGGACACCGUCCGCGCCGAGGCGGACGCGGCCGCGAUCGCCGCCGAGCAGACCUGCGCCCUCCUCGAGCAACGCUACGCCUCCCUCUCCGCGGAGUUCGAUCGGUCCCAGGCCGAGGCCGCCGAGCUCACCGCCGCCGCGGAGCGCCGUGCCGCCGAGCUUGCCUCCUCCCAGGCGGAGAUACAUCAGCUUCGCAUCCAGGCGAUUGCUAAGGAUGGCGAGGUGGAGAGGUUGAAAGUUGAAAUCUCGGAGCUGCACAAGUCGAAGUGUCAGUCGUUGGAGUUGAUUGAGCAGAGAGAUGCUGAAAUAAAAGAGAAGGAUGACAUCAUCCAGAGCUAUUAUGACAAAAUUGUCAAUCUGGCAGAUAGUUCUGCUAGUAAAGAGGCUAGGAUACAAGAGGUUGAAGCCAAGUUUACCCAUUGUCAGGCAAUGUGCAACCGCAUUACCCAGGAGAAGGAGCUGCUUGAAAAGCAUAAUCUAUGGCUUGAUGAAGAACUGAAAGUAAAAGUGAAGAACUUAGCUGAACUAAGGAAAACAAAUAUGGACGAGGAGGCUAGGAUGUCAGCUAGGAUUGCAGAGCUUGAAAGAGAGAUUUCUGAAACUUCUAGCUCCUUGAGGCGAGGCAAAGAACGUAUCUCUGAACUGGAGCAAAGGGUAUCUUACAUGGAAAAGGAAUUGUGCUCAACAAAGGAUGCCGCAGCUGCUAAUGAACAACGUCUGGGUGCUGAACUUUCAACUGUCAUGAAACUUGCUGAACUUCACAAAGAAAGUUCUGAGGAAUGGUCGAAGAAGGCUGGGGAGCUUGAAGGUGUUAUUAAAGCAUUAGAGACGCAUCUGACCCAAGUUGAAGAUGAGUACAAGGAAAAGCUUGAGAAGGAGAUCUUAUCCAGGAGAGACCUUGAAAAGGAAGCUGCCGACUUGAAGCAGAAGCUUGAAAAAUGUGAGUUUGAUUUGGAGAAUACAAGGAAGUCCAGGGAAUUGAGCCUCGUUCCACUGACCAGUGUUACAGCAGACUCCUCUGAUUUAGUAGACUCAAGACAAGGACUGCCAAUGUCUGAUGAUUUAAAUCAGAAUGACCUAAUGGUUAUUCCAAAGGUACCUAGUGGUGUUUCUGGAACUGCAUUAGCUGCUUCUCUUCUUCGUGACGGUUGGAGUCUUGCUAAGAUCUAUGAGAAAUACCAAGAAGCUACUGAUGCUUUACUUCAUGAGAGGCGGGGGAGGAGACACGCAGAAGCAGUUCUUGAAAGGGUCUUGCAUGAAAUAGAAGAGAAGGCUGAACUUAUCCUAGAUGAACGAGCUGAGCAUGAUAGAAUGGUUGAAGCUUAUGCUCUUAUGGACCAGAAAUUGCAGCAAGCAUUGCUGGAGCAUGAUAAUUUUGAAAAUACUAUUAGGAAUCUAAAGUCUGAGUUGAAAAGGCGGGAACGUGAUCAUAGUGUGGCACAGAAGGAAAUAGAUGAUCUGCAGAAACAAGUGGCUGUUCUGCUAAAAGAAUGUCAAGACAUACAGCUUCGCUGUGGUUCUAGCCUUCCUAAUGUAGGUAAUGGUGCCUUUUCUGCAAGCUUAGGCAGUGUUCUUUCCAACGUAGAGCACAAUAUCAAGGACAAUAUGUCUUUUAAAGAUAUCAAUGGAUUAGUUCAGCAGAAUGUUCAACUUCGAAAUCAAGUUCACAUGCUCUCAGCUGAUCUUGACAAAAAGGACAUGGAACUACGGGAGAGCUUCCAAAUUGAGUUGAAGAAAAUUACUGAUGAUGCUGCAUUCAGGGUUGAAAAAGUGAUGAAGAAAUCUGAAGAACAAGCAAUAAUGAUUGAAUCUCUUCAUCGAUCCGUAGCGAUGUAUCGUAAGCUUUGUGAGGAGCAGCAGAAGACUCGUUCGAAUGUUGAAUCAGUACCCAAUAAUUUGCAAGAUAGUGGCAGAACGGACCUGAUGGUUCUGUUUGAAGGAUCACAGGAAGUCUCGAAGAAAGCUUAUGAGCAAGUCUCUGAGCGAGCCAGGAGCCUCGAUGAAGAGCUGACAAAGUUGAGGGCUGAGCUUGUGUCUCUGCGGUCUGAACGUGAUAAGGCAGUGCUUGAAGCUGAUUUUGCUCGGGACCGGCUUAAUGGGUUUACAGCAGAGCUUGAGCACCAGAGGAAGGAGACUAAUUCCAUUUCACUGAGAAAUGCGGAGUUGAUGCAUCUGAUAGUUGAUUACGAACGUAGACUUCGUGAAGAUUCGGAUUCUAAGCAAGCCUUAGAGGAGAAUUCAAGGAAUCUAUUGAUGGAGGUGUCCGUUCUGAAGGGUCAAAAAGAGAUUCUAGUAAAGUCAGAGAAUAGAGCUUUGGAUGAAGUCCGUGAUUUAACAGAGCGAGUGCAUCGUCUGCAGGCUACGAUUGACACCAUACAUACCACUGAGGAGGUUCGAGAGAAUGCAAGGUCUAUGGAAAGGAGAAAUCAUGAGGAGCACAUUAAGCGACUAGAAAGGGAUUGGGCUGAGCUUAAGAAGGAGCUUCAGGAGCAGCGAGACCAUGUUCGUAUUCUGACCCUUGAUAAGAAAAAUGCAUUUGACAGCUGUAUGAAGCAAGUGGAGGAUAUGAGAAAGGAACUGCAGAGCUCGUGCAAAGCUGCUUCUGAUGCUGAAUCAAGGGCUGCCAUUUUGGAGGCCAAGUGUUCUGAUUUAGAGGCAAAGCUGAAAUCAAGAAAGGUCAUUUUUAGGGACGCUGGCCAUGAAAUCUCAGCCACAUCUGAGGAUAAUGAUGAACUAUUCCAGUUGAAAGAGGAGUUAGAAAAAUACAAGGAGGAAGCACAAGCAAAUAAGAACUACAUGGUUCAGUAUAAAGAAAUUGCGCACUCAAAUGAAGUUGCACUAAAGCAAUUGGAAUCUGCCCAUCAGGACUACAAGGCAGAGGCCGAGGUUGGCAGGAAAGCCUUGGAAGAUGAGAUUGCUAAAUUGAGGGAUAAGUUAUCUGACAUGGAGAAGAGCUAUGUGAUGAAGUGUGAAGAAACAGCCAUUGCGAUUGAAUCUAAAGAGAAGCAAAUAACUUCUCUCAUGAAUGAGAUUUCCGUUCUGAGAACAGAAAUUUCUGAGAGAUUACCACAGGUAGAACAAUUACAAAUGGAAUUGGCUUCCUCAAAAAGUGCACUAGAUGAACAAUACAAGCGUUGGCGAACUGCCCAAGACAAUUAUGAACGGCAGGUUAUUCUGCAAUCUGAAACAAUACAGGAGUUGACAAAUACUUCUAAGCAGCUAUCUUCAUUGCAGCAUGAAAUAGCUAUACUUCGCCAGACAGCAGAUGCGCAAAAAGCUGAAAAUGAUUCCCUAAGAGCACUUGGUGAGCAAGAAAAGAUAGGAUUAUUGAAAGAAAAGGAUGACGCCUUGCGGAAGUAUAAUGAGCUAAAUGAUCAGAAUAGAAUUCUCCACAAUCAGUUAGAAGCUCUGCACAUUCGGUUAGCUGAGAAAGAACGGAGUAUUGCUGGGCUUUCAUCACAACGUACUGACUCGCAUGGCGAAGAUGAUCUUCAUAGUGUAAUCAGUUAUCUGCGCAGAUCAAAAGAAAUAGCAGAAACAGAGAUAUCAUUGCUUAAACAGGAGAAGUCACGGCUUCAGAUAGAACUGGAAAGUGCAUUAAAGUCUGCGAAGGAGGCACAGGACUUGCUGCGCAGUCAGGCUGAUAGUGCCAGGACAUUAAUGCUAAAGGAUGAAGAAUUCAAGUCACUGCAGCUCCAGGUCAGAGAAAUUAACUUGCUUCGUGAAAGCAACAUACAGCUUAGAGAGGAGAACAGGCACAAUUUUGAAGAAUGCCAGAAAUUCCGAGAUGAAGCUCAAAAGGCCAAAAUGGAAUCUGAGAGGUUGCAGAGUCUUGUACUGAAGAAGGAGGUAGACGCUGAAAUGUGCAAAAAGGAAUUAGAAAUGCAGAAGGUGGAAAUAGCAAAUCUCAACCAAAGGAUUUCUGAGUUGGUUGAAAAUAGCAAAGGCAUUGAUUUGAACACUUAUGAGGGCAUGAAGAAUGAACUUCAAAAUAUCAAAUCAACCUUGAGAGAGAAUUCUAUGGAGCUUGAAAUUGCAAAAAAACUUCUUUCUGAGAAAGAAGUUGCCGUAAGAAAUUUGGAGGAGAAGCUUGCUGUCUGCCAGUCUGAAUUGGAUUCCAGGGAAAAGAAGCUAAACGAUGUAGAGUCAUCCAUGAAAUCUGAGAUGGACAGGCUUAAGAAGAUUAAUUUCUCCAUUAAGAGAAAGCUUGACAAUGUUGUAAAAGAGAAGGAGGAGGUCAUUAAAGAAAACCAAAGCCUUCUGAAGCAGAUGGAGGAUCUUAAAUCAAGUCAGAAGAUGAUGUCAGAAACUACAUUUGAGCAGGCUAUAAAAGAAAAGGAUUUCAGGAUACAGACAUUGGAAAGAACCCUGGAGAAGGAGAGAGAUGAUAACAAGAAAGAAAAAGCAAACCGUAAAAGGAAUGAGAAAUUACAACUGAAUAUUCUCCAAAGGGUUCAACAGGAGAAGAAACAAGUGGAAGAGUCUAUAGAGAAGCAUAAGCAGGCUGUGAAAGAGGUGAUUGAGAACUAUCCUGGACUAUCAUCUGAUGUCCCACCAGUCUCUGCACUGGAGGAGCAAAUUCUUUCAUACUUCCGCAUGGCUAACGAUAUGGAGGAAUCUAGUCCAUUCCGUGAUGCUGCAGUGACUCAGAGUCCAGCUGUUGAAACUGCCCUUACUGAUGCGCCUGGUUCAGCUUCAGGUCGACUGGUAGAUACUCCACCAAGGCUGACUAAAGCUAAAAUGGUGGAAGAUAGAGCAGUUGCUAUUUUAUCCAAACAAAGCACUGAAGUACGUAGACCUGGAGGAAGAAGACCUCUUGUCCGUCCUACUCUUGAACGAACUGAAGAACCACAGGCUGAUAUGGAUACAUCAGUUGCUGACGUCUCGAUGGUUGGUCAGGACAAAGGUGGCCCAUCACUAGAGCGUGAAGCUUCUGGCAGUCAACCUGUGCUACAACCUUCAAGUCGUAAACGUCUCAUAUCUUCUUCACAGACAAUAGACAGUACCUCACAAGGUGAGGCUAACGAUGCCAAUCCUCCAUCGAAGAGGCCCAAGGAGGAAGAAUCUUCACAGGGGGCUAGUGAGGUCAAGAGUGAUCAGCCACCUGUUGGGGAGAUAGCAGCACAGGUUGGUGUGCUUCCGUCCACGGAUGACCAAGAUGGACAACAGUCUACAGAAGAGAUGGAGCCAAUGGAAGAGGCUGAGGCAACAAAGGAUGAUGACGUGGGUGAUAAAGAUGACUCUGGAGCAAAUGCGGAUGCAUCAGUGGACACCAAAGGCCAGGAUGCUGAUGUUAGUACUGACAUAAAUGUGGUUCCCGUAGAAGAUGCGCAAGCAAAGUCAGAUGCAGUGAUCGAAUCAUUUGACGAGGACCAAAAAAUUGAAGAUUCCAAGGAAGAUGCUCAGCUUGCUACUGCAACUGAUGUUGAUGAUGAGAUGGAGGAGGGAGAGUUGCCGGAUGAACCUGAACCACCUUCAGAAACUGCACUCGGAGAAACUAGUAGGGAGCCUACUUCAGAUAUUGGUGAGCAAGCUGGUAAUGUUUUUAGGGCGGCAUCUCCAGGAGGGCUGACAGAGAGGAGUGAUGUUGAUAUGUCAGAGAUUGAGGGUGAUACCACAGCUGAUCAUGCUGCAGUGGAACCAGACCAAAGUCCGGUAGCACAUUCAGGAGCUGCUGAUGCCUCACCUAGCAGAACUGCUGAUGCAUCUCCUGCACGUGAACCUUCCCUUAAUACAGUCCAAGCUGGUGCAUCUUCUCGACCGCAGAAUACCAGCACUACUACAACAGAGGCACGUGAACCUUCACCUAACCCAGCCCAAGCUGUUGCAUCCUCUGAACAGCGGAAUACCAGUACUGUAACAGAGGCUGCUGAAACUCGUUCUAGAACAAUCAACUUAACUGAGAGGGCCAGACAAAAUAGGCAAGCCAGGUUUCAACAACGUGCACAACCACCUGCCACUGCCAGGGGUCGUGGCCAGCAAUCUGCUACCCAGAGGAAAGAUGCUGCUGGCCGAGGAUCCAGGGGGCGAGGGGGGCGUCAGACCUAGGAACGUAGGUUGUCUUUCCUCAAGAGCAGGGAUACUUUUUUGUCCUCGGAUACACUGAAAUCACCUUGUAAUUUUGAUCUUCCCAUUCGUUGGUCCACCAAUAUUCUGAACAUGCUGGUGCUUGCAGAUUGUUCUGUGAAUUUUUAUGUGGCUGGUUGACCCAUACUAAAUGUGCCUUGUAUGUGAAUCGUUCGGUUGGUGGUCUGGAUGGUGAAGAGGGAUUAGAUCCCAUACAAAUCAGUUAUGCCCUAAUUGUUCUGCAGCACCUUAUGCGUUCAAUCCAGACUAGUGUUUUGAAGGCA